GAACGACGCACGCACGCACACAACCGUAAACAAACACUCGAACUCGAAACUAUCUCGCUCUCCGAAUAAUCUCUCUGUUGCUUCGACGACGGCUCGCACAAGCAGCGUAAUUUGCAAUUUGCAGUUGUAUAUCUUCGAGGGAUACCUUUUGUUUGUCGUAUGUCCAUCCAGAAUCUCAACACAUUCGACCCCUUUGCAGAUGCAAUCAAGGGUUCAGACGAUGAUGUCCAAGACGGCCUUGUGCAUAUAAGGAUCCAGCAGCGGAAUGGUCGCAAGACCUUAACAACGGUGCAAGGUCUCUCGUCUGAAUAUGACUUGAAGAAAAUUGUUCGAGCAUGUAAAAAGGAGUUUGCCUGCAAUGGGACUGUAAUCGAGCACCCAGAGUACGGGGAGGUGUUGCAGUUGCAAGGGGAUCAGCGAGAAAAUAUAUGCCAGUGGUUAACAAAAUCAGGUCUGGCGAAACCUGACCAACUGAAAGUUCACGGUUUCUAAUUGAUAAACAGACAACCAAGGAAACACCCAUGCCACUACCAUUCAAACCAACUCCACCUUUAUCGAUACUUAAUCGUCUCAAAUUCUCUGUAUCAGUCAUUAGUACUCGUUGAUACUACUUGUGGAAUAACCUCCAUCUCAUUAUAAACGCAUAUAUACUUGAAUAAACAAACAAAAAAAAAAAAAAUAUACAAUAUUGAUAUAAAAAUAGGCACAAUACUAUUUUAAACAGGCAGCAGUUUUGUAAGGAUUAUAGGAAAGCAAUAUUUUACAGCGUUAUGUUAGAUAAACUGACGUGGACGACGAAGACUACAAAGACGAUUUUGUCACAUUUUGUGUAACAGCGAUAAACGUAACUAGGCAUUUUUCAGAGAAUACGUAAACGAGCGAUAAACACUGUUAGUGACGAAUGGAUCUUCAUUUUGAUAUUAGAUAAUAUGUAUCUGGGCGCAAUAGAUGUGUUCAGAGAGAUUUAAAAGUAAUAUCUUAGGGCUCAGAUUGGCUUUUUCUUCUGUAAUUAAUUUUUUUUUAAAGAUUCCAUGAAAAAUGUUUUAAUUUUCACAUAUGAUAGGUAAAAGACGAAAUAUGUAGUUUUUGCGCUUAAUGAUCACAAUGUUGAACAAUGAUGUAUGUUUUCUCAACUUUUGUGCCUUUAAGUCAGCAUCGAUUUAGAUGUAUUAUUUGUGAAAAUGCGACAAGGUUUUUUUCCUAUGUAAUAUUGCGAUGCGACUUUCCAAUUUUUCUUUUUGUAAUAACCAGUAUUGAUGACUCAGAAUUGUUUAUUUCUCUUUUUCAAGUGAAAAAUGUGGCUGUUCUAGAUUAAUAAAUGGCAAUUCACCAGUUUCACGUAGAUGGUUUUUUCCCUUACAAAUUUAAUUUUUAUCUAAAAAAAUCUCUUAGAUGUACCACAAGAAUGAAUGAAACUCAUGAAUAAAAAGUUUUUCUGCGUUGUAA